AUCAAUAACAGUUCGCUGUCAAACGUUUUUCAUAACACACAAAGGGAGAGAAAAUUUUUGCAUCGGCCGCAUAAAACUUUCGGAAAACUUUAGCCCACUUUUCUGACCUCGGCGGUAGUUUCUUCCGCAGUUCCGCUGCUUUGUGUUGUGUUCCGAUCGUUAUCAUUGCAUCUGUCUGGAGGUGGUGAGUCAAUCAUCCGCACCAAUCGUGAUUGACCGUAGGCGGCAGAGGAUUUUCUAGUCACAGGACAAUAAUCCAGGAUGAACAUAAAAAUGCCAGAUUUCGACGUGAAAAAGUUCGUCAAGGAUGCGGGAUCCACACUUUCACGGGUGGUUCAGUUGACCGAGGAAAAGCUGGGCACAUCGGAGAAAACCGAAAUGGAUCGCCACUUUGAGCAUCUGAGCGAACGGUCGGACUGCGCCCGGACGUGGACGGAGAAAAUCGUUCGGGACACGGAAGCGGCACUGAUACCGAAUCCGGCCAACCGGGUGGAAGAUUUCAUAUUUGAGAAAAUCGAGAAACAGAAACCGAAAAGGCUGAGUAACUUGGAAUACCUGGGGCUGGACAUGAUCGAAGGAGGGGGUGAAUUUGGCCAGGAUGGCGCGUACGGCAGUGCGCUGAUCAAGGUCGGGCAGGCCGAGCAAAAGCUGGGCUCGUGUGAGCGUGAUUUUAUCGGAUCGGCCGGUAUGUGUUUCAUUCAGCCGCUAAAAAAAUUCCUGGAAGGAGAAAUGAAAACCAUUACGAAGGAAAAGGGUAUCCUGGAAAGUAAGAGGUUGGACCUUGAUGCAUGCAAGAACAGGGUACGAAAGGCAAGAAGCAUGUUGGGGCAGCAAACGAAGGAUGGAAUUUCUCCUGAGGCAGUUCUGGACCAGGCCGAACGAGACCUCCGGGUAGCGCAGUCAGAAUUCGAUCGGCAGGCCGAAAUUACAAAACUCCUGCUGGAGGGAAUCAGCACAACGCAAGCCACUCAUCUACGACAUCUACAUGCCUUCGUGGAAUCUCAAGUGCGGUACUACGGACAGUGUAACAAAAUUAUGAGCGACCUACAGCGCGAACUGGCCAGUUUGGGAGGUCCACAGCCAUACGUCCCGGUGGCAGGCUACGAGGACGAUGAGGCGAACGGUCUCUCCGGCCGGGUGAACAACAUCGAACUGGGUGUCAAUCCUGGUUACAAGCGGGCACGUGUUCUAUGCUCGUACGAUGCCAAGGACGGCACCGAGCUGAAUCUCACCGCAAAUGAGGUUAUCUUUGUUUGUGAGUGCAAUCCGUCGAACAGCGAUUACAUGAAUGGCAAGCAGGGCUUACUCAAAGGAUUGGUACCAAAGGCAUUUUUGGAGUUGUUGGAUGAUUAAAUGUUUCCUAUUUUGCGAUUAAUUUUAGUGUAUACUAUGCUGAAGUAAUUUUUCAGUGUCAACUUAAUGGGGGAAAGCCAAUUUAAAAAUGAUUGUUAUAUACCCACUAUUGCUUCAAAAUAUUUAUUUGGAGUUAAUUUUUGAACGAAUUAAAUCAUUACGUUACGAUUAAGCCUAUGUUCAUAAUAAUUAAGUAUGAAUUACUACGCCUGGUUGCGUGUUUAAUUGAUGAUAAACACAGAAAUAGCUAAACAAACUUUUACAAGCGAAUGUAUUCUCAUUCCCAUUUAAAAAUAUUUGACAUGUUGCUUUUGGCCACUUAAACAAACAUAGCUACUUAGCGCAUACGGAUUUUAUUCUGAAAGUAAGACGUUUUGCUGAAAUCGUAACAAAAUAAUUAAAAAAAACAGCGUCUAUUAUGUUGUGAAUACAGUUUCGUCAAUUAAAGUUAGCAUACAACAAGAAAAAACGAAUUAACGACUACAAAACAAAACAACAAUGAGAACAAUAAUAUUAAACGGAAACACACAAACACAUUCCUCCUUGCGAAAAUUAGGAAAAACGAACAACGCCCAUCUCCUCAAUCGAGGAAAUAAUUUUGUUAUUGUUGUGUAUUUGUGUGAUUUGUACACACCACGAUGAUAUUCACGGCUCAUAUUAUGCGUUGCACAGUGAAAUGGAUAUCUCAAAAUAAGACAUUUUAUCGUCUAUCGUAAGCAAUUGUUGCAAAUGAGAAACGCAUAAAAGAAAAGACAUAUGUACUCAUACUCCUCUCUCUUGAACAUUGUUUUAUCAUGUAAACUGGAACCUGAUACUAAAAAAAAAACAAACAAACAACGUAAUCAUAUUGUUUCUCAGAAUCUCGAUAAUAAUCGCUAUUGAAAGGAUGUUAUUUAUUAAAUCUAAUACCGCAUCUAAGCUAUGAUAUAUCUAUAUACUUAAACUCAAAAAUAUCAAAAUGAAAUAAUAACAAAUCAAUGCCAUCAACGGAACCCACUGGAGUUUGACGAUUGCAUUAACGAGCAAAUAAAUAAAAUUUGAAAACAAAUAAAAGACACGGUUGAUGAAAUGGUGAGAAAAAAUGUGCAACCUAUCGCUUCCACUGAUCAUGUUAAAAUAUAUCGAAAACUAUUUUAUCUCGUUAGUCUGUACCUUUCCGGACAUUGUGCAUGUUUGAAUUGCUAUGAAAUAAUAAGGCAAAAUAAAAGAA